CCGGGUUAAACCUGGAAUAACUGGAAGAAAAAUGUCUUUCAAACAUUGGAGCUGCAUAUAAGUAUGGAAGCCCAUUUCCACCACAAAAAAAGAAGGGUGAGAAAGUCGAAAUAAUGAGAAACAAUUAUAACUUAAGAUAUGCUAAGAAAAUUCGACUUUCUUAAGUCAUAAUUUCGGGGUUCCAUAUAUAAGUGAUUUUUAUAAGAAGAGUUUUUAUGUCAUUGAUACUCAACCUUUGGGUUGAUUGCAGAUGAUGGCACAAAAUAGAGGUCUAUGUGAAAAGGCAUCCCUGCUCUUCUCCCAUUCGUCUAAUUCACAUCAAAACCCUGUCGAGCAAGUAUUUACUUGAUCAUCUUUAGAUAUUAUUUCAGUAGUUCUGGUCAAGAGUCAGUGGCCCUUGGUGUUUCCUUGCACGCCCGCGCACACACUCUCCCCCACAAAUGGAUUGAACAUUAACAAACAGUGGUCCUUUCAUAUCCUUAUCAGUGCCUGGGUCGUACCAACUAGCGGCGGGAGGGGGGGGGGGAGGUGUUUUAACGUUGUUUUGUUGGUCAAAUUUCAUCCACACUGAACAAAAAUGUGCUGUCAAAAUAAUAGCGUCGUACUUUCUAAAUUCCCCCUGCUCUUAUAAACUGGUCUUUGGGGUUCAUUUAAUCCAAGGUUUAACAUAAAACCAACCCGAAACCUCCGUGUUUCGCAACCGUCUGCCACCUGCCUCUGGGAGCUCACCUGUGGGUGGCGCGGCUGACGCGAUGCGUUCAGGUACACCCCCCCCCCACGGCUCACAACGUACCAAAGACACACAAAAUGGAGCUGAAACUUCCUGGCUGAGGGAAACUACGCUUACUUUAUAUUAUGCACAAGCUGGAGCGUUGUCGGCGUGUUUCGGGAAGUAAUAGUUAGAUAGGUCAUCUGAAAGCUCGGGGAAAGAGGAUUUAACAUGUUUUGGACGUUAAUUGUCGCGGCCUUGAUGGCGACAGAGUCCGCCGUGGGCAUCUCGGUGCAGUGUCCCACCAAGAGGUACGUCGUCAUCCUCUUCCAGCCCGUCACCCUCACCUGCAACUACCAGACGACGGCCACUCAGCCCCCCGUCGUCACCUGGAAGUACAAGUCGUACUGCCGCGACCCCAUCCAGGCCGCGUUGAAUCCCAGCAGCGCCGACUCCAUCCUGUCGCAGAACAACCCCAACUUCGACGCCAACAUCGACUGCGCCGACAGCCAGAGGACGGUGCGCAUCGUGGCCUCCAAGCAGGGCAACGCCGUGACCCUCGGCCAGGAUUACCAGGGGCGCAAGAUCAGCAUCCUAAAUAAUGCAGACCUCAAUCUGGCACAGACGGCGUGGGGCGACAGCGGGGUCUACGUGUGCUCUGUGAUCUCCUCCCAGGACCUUUCAGGGAACGGAGAAGACUUCACGGAGCUGAUCGUCCUGGAGAGAAAGUCAAAUACUACUGACCUCCUGCCUGGCAUUGACUUACUGGUCAUGGAAGACUGGCUCCUCGUGGUUUUGGUGGUUUUGGGCUUCCUUCUGCUGCUGCUGCUGAUCGGGAUCUGCUGGUGUCAGUGCUGUCCACACACCUGCUGCUGCUACGUCAGCUGCCCCUGCUGCCCCGAGCGCUGCUGCUGCCCCCGUGCACUGUACGAGGCCGGCAAAGCGGCGAAGAAGAUCGGCGGGCCGAUGAGCCAAUACGCGCCCACCCUCUACGCUCCCAGCAUGUACGCUCAGCCGGCGUACGGCGGCCCUCCGUCCCACCACCCCGGCAUGCCCAUGCUGCCCAUGCCCAACGGGGCCGGACCCCCGCACCCACACAACGGCUACGGUGUGGACUACGACGGCGCCAGCUCGGUUGGACAAGGCUCCCAGGUGCCUCUGCUGCGUGGCCAAGACGGUGGCGCGGACCCCACUCGCAGUGGCUACCGGAUCCAGGUGGACCCCGAUGGGAACGCCACGCGGGCCAUUUACUACAUGGAGCGGGAGCUGGCCAACAUGGACCCGUCCCGACCCGGCAACAACCGCCUGGACAACAUGACCGAGGUCAGCUCCUUGCACGAAGGCGGCGAUCCCCGAGGCCGGGGCGGGCGCUCCCAGCCGCCGCCUCUGGCCACCGUCUACGACCGGGACGAAGCCAUGAGCACCAUCAGCAGCGUGUCCCAGCAAGGCCAGCGCCAUGGCGGCGGCGGCGGCUACUACCCGGAGGACCGCGCGCGCGCUCGCUCCAUGGACAACCUCGACGACCUCGGGCGCCGCUACGACCCGCCGUCCAACAGGCGCCCGGAGGAGUUCAGAGGCAGGAGAGGCUCCGAUGACGGGUGGAGCAGCAGCGCCCGCAGCGGCAACGGCCGCGACUUUGACGACCGCCGGCGCCGCGACCCCUCCCCCGACCACAGCCGCAGAGGAGAUGACGGGCGCUACGGGGGCAUGCAGGGCAGGCGCAGCCGCAGCCGCGACGACCUGAUGGAGCUGGCGAGGGAACGCGAGCGCGGCGGCGCCCGGGGCCGGCGGGACGACGGCGACUACGACGACGGCCUCCUGCGGGAGGCCAUGGAGAGGAAGAGGAUGGGCGAGCAGCAGAGGGCGCGCAGCCGGGAGCGGCUGGACAGCGAGAGCGACCGCUCGGACCGGGGCAGGGCGCCGCGCGGGCCCCCGCCGCUCCCCCAGGCGCCGCCCUCGGGGCACCCGGGUCGCCGCGACGACUACCCGCCUCCUCCACCGCCGCCGUACAGCGACGACGAAAGCAUGUCGUCUGCCAAGAGAAGCAACCUCCGCAAGAAUGGAGCGGUGAGUCGGGAGAGCCUGGUGGUGUGAAAACGUAGCAGCUCGGGUUAAAGACUGUAAAUACUGCUCACACUGCUAAUACGCUGUGCUGAUUCUUUUUUCUUUCUUUUUUUUUUUAUCAUUUUAUAAAUUUUAAAAAUUGUAUUAUCAUUUACAAUAAUUUGAGUCGAUACUGAAUAUGUAUGUAUAGUUUUUCAGAUUAUGGCUGCCACAAGUGCCUUCUUAGAGUUCUACGUGUGGAUGAAUGAUUCUCUAAAGGCGUUUUACAUCCUCACGAUAAAAGUUGCGUCUGUUUUUAUAGUUUUAGUUCAGUUUACUGGUACUGAUGUAGAUUUAUAGGGGUCUAUCAAUUCUUCAGGCUUUUUACUUGUGAAAAAUGUAUUGUUUUAUAAGAAAAACUUUGUACAUUUAAAGGAAUUUAUUUUAUCUUUUGAUUUUAACUUUUGCGUUUCUUUUUGCUGAAUGUAUUUAGAAAACCUGGUGAACUAAAGCUUUGGUUAGAACAUGUUUUCACAUUUAAUUUAGAGUAAAUGUUAAUUUGAUUCAUUUUGAUUCAUUUCUUUUUAAUGCACAAUAUCUGCGUUGUAACUUGCAGUAGGUUGUCGAGCCGACUAAUAACAAACUCUGAGGACACAAAUGUUUGAACUGAUUUCACAAUAAAGGUCCCUCCUGUCAGCCCACUUCGGUGACUACCAGUGUUUCACCACUAGAGGGCAGCAUCUGUCACCAACAUGGGUUUCUGUGGAUAGAAACUCCCAUUUGUUUGCUAAUUGACGACUUGGACACUGACUGCUCUUAUUGUUUAUUACUGGAAGGUCACUACUGGCCGUAGUCGGUUCCUCCUUUUUGUCUGCAGACCUUUUUGAAACACACAAUGCAACAAUUUCCUCUCCCAUUAACCAUUACAGUAGGCUUGGCUGUGUGUUCACUUCGCUGUAUAGAAACAGAAACUAUAGUAUGUUAUGGCAUCAUUAAUUAAACCGACUCUAUGUCUUUACGUUUUUACUCUUUAAUCUACCAGCAUCCAUCUUCCAGACUUAAAGGAACUCCUUCUGUGAGAUUGUUAUACUGAAUAUAUUUCUUGUGUGCGCUGGAGGAAGCGGCGAUGACACAGAGUACCACUUGUGUCAAAUCAUAUCAUAUCGUAUCAUUUCAUUUCACUGUAAUUGUGAUUUAGGAGCGACGGCUGCUUUAUGGUUGUACUCAAAGCUUCAAAUCCCUAAUAAAACUGCUCCUUUGUAUUGUCACCUGGUGAGAAGAACUGA